AUGCCGACAGCGAAAGCACCGAGCCAUGCAAAGAGGCCUGAAGUGGGCUCGCAGCCAAUGUCAAGUAUGUGGACGCAAAUGUUUCCACCAAAGCCGACAUACACCGAAGAGCAGGUACCUGAUCUUAGUGGCAAGGUAUACAUUGUCACUGGCGCUAGCUCAGGCGUAGGCAAAGAGACGGCUACAAUCCUGUAUUCCAAGAAUGCUAAGGUGUACAUGGCAGUGCGACCUGGGACAAAGGCGUCGAUUGCCAUGGCCAGUAUUCAGGCAGCAGUGCCCAAGUCGUUGGGCACUCUUGCUAUUCUACCGCUAGAUCUAGCAGAUUUGAAUGCGGUCAAGAAAGCAGCAGAGGAAUUUGUCUCGCUCGAAAACAGCCUUCAUGGGCUCAUCAACAAUGCAGGCGUGCAAGCGCUCGAAGACACUAAUGGCGAAGCUCGCACAGCACAGGGUUACGAAGUGCACAUUGGAGUCAAUGUGCUAGCGCCGUUCUUGUUCACGCGCCUGCUCAGAGGCGUGCUAGCGGCGACGGCGCGCCAGGAACAUGCUGGUGUUGUACGCAUUGUGUGGGUGUCUUCAAUAGGCACCGAGACGAUCGGAGAAAAUGAACGGGGGCUGUCGGCUGAUUACCUUGACUACUGGCCGCUUAUGUCGCCGCUCGAGCGUUAUGGGCUAAGUAAGGCUGGCAAUUGGCUACAUGGAGUCGAGUGUGCGAAGCGGUAUGCGAGUGGCGGCAUUUUGAGCUUUCCAAUCAAUCCGGGCCAUUUGAGGUCCGACCUAUAUCGCCAAGGGGGAUCACUGUUCAAGCUUGCACUGAGGCCCGUGCUAUUUCCCCCUAGAUAUGGAGCUUACGUCGAGCUAUUUGCUGCCUUAUCGCCUACAUUGAGCAUAAAAGACUCUGGAGCUUGGAUUGUUCCAUGGGGCAGACUCUAUCCUAUCCGUAAUGAUUUGGUUGAUGCGACCAGAAGCGAAGCUGAGGGAGGCAACGGUCAUGCAAGUGCGUUUUGGGAGUGGAGUGAGGAGCAGGUCAAGGCCUUCUUGUAG